UUUCGCGAAGUUGUGAUUAUUUUUGAGAGUUUGUGAGUUUUCACGCUCGUAAAUCAAGUUGCGUUCCUUCACUGAGGAGUUAUGGUGGAUUUCAAAGUCUACAGGACGGUGUUAUGAAUAUUACGGAGUGUUUUCCAAUGAGGAAGCGACGAUCUAUCGACAAGACUCCCGGACGAUCUCACGACAAUUCAGCCCUCAACCGGUCUCCUCCUGUUAGUAGACUACGGCGAACUCCACGUCGCCUCGGAGGCAGCAGUUGUAAUAACUCACUGUUGGAUCAGUCUCUAGAGAUUGUAUGGGACAAUAAUUCACCAUCUCCUACAAGAUUUUCACAUGGGAAAAGGAAGAAACACCAUGGAAGUGACAGUAGUAGCAGUGGAGGUGAAAUUUCAGAUUUGGUACAAAAGUUGGCUGAUAAGUCUGGUAGUACCCCUGAAGCAAAUCCACCAUUGCUAGCAUUGUGGAUGUCCAGAGAAAACAACACAUCAGCACAGGCCAACAGUGGUUAUACUUCAAGAAAGGGAGACAGCAGUAGUGGGCAGAAGAUCAAGGAAUUCCAGACACCAUCCCGGAGAUCAAGACGACUUCUUCGGAAAUGCAACAAAUCCAAGAUGAAACUUCUGAAACAGGACCUGGAACUUCUUGUACUUCCAGCAGAGAAAACAGAAGAGGAAGCUACGAUUAGGAAGGAGAGUUCAGAAAAUUCAAGUGAAAUGCAACAAAAAGCCAGCAAGGGCACUGGAGAAGUAAAUCAUGGUGUAAAAGUAAGGGGAUCUGAAAGCUUAGAGGUCUUUGAGAACUGGGACACUGAUGAAGAUGAUCUGAUUCUCAGCCAGAUAGAGAUUCCUGUUUUUAAAAAUGCUAUUCCAGAAACACAAGUUAUGACUAGCACACAAUUCUUGAGCAGUGGAGGAGAAAUGCAGCAAAACAAUGAGUUAGGGCAGCCACCACUUACCAGAAAUCACAGAAUUAAUGCAAAUGUAGAUACCAUCGAUAGUAUUGUUACAGAGAGUUGGGAUUUUGUUAACGAUGACACAGAUGAUGACUACAUUCUUCAGACUGCUCUUGAGGAUGUUGAAAAAUCCCAGCAAGUUACCAUUCCAACUGUCAGGAGAGUGCCACAGUUGUACAUAAAACCUGAUAUGCUCAAUGUUAAUGAGGAAAAAAUAAAGGAUUUGUGUGGUACAGGAAAUGCUCUUGUAAAAAACAAGAGUGACAUUACCAGGUCAAAGGACCAAUGUUUUAGACUGCAGAAUAAUCCCAUUCUACAAGUACAAAGCACAAGAAAAAGGGACCAUUCCUUUGUGCAUCAUUCUUCACUCCAAAGCAGCACUACUCUACAAACAAAAAAAUUCACAACUACACAUCAAAAUAAGUCUGAUGUAAAGAUUACCACCAGUGUCACCCUACCACAAAAAAAUCUUCAAAGAGCAGUACAACAACAUACAAUCUGCCAGGAGAUUAACACUAACAAUCAAGAAUUCAUGACACCACACAGCAACAAACCGGAAGGAAGUACACAAAGAGGUUCCAAGACAGCUAAAUACUCCAAGGAAGAGAUAGAAAGGAAAAAAUUGGCUGCUCAAUGUCGCCGGCGGCAAAAAAUGGCACAGUUAAGUGAACUCAAACAGUAAAGACAUACUGCAGGUGAUUGAAAAUGGUUUUGUUGUAUGGUUUUCACUGUUUGCUGAACAUUUGUCAAUUUUAUGAAGAAUCCAAUUCUUUAUGUACAUAAU